CAUUCUCAGUGUUCUCGUCAACUUUCCCACUACUGCACUCUGCAAAGACCCCGACCACAGACACACAAUGUCGCUCAAGGACACGCUGGUCAAGUGGAACGAGGCUGCCGGUCUGUUUGACAAGGGCGAGUCCGACAAGGCGCUCGACCUGCUCGAGAACGACUGCGGCGACUCGUCCAAAAUCAUGUUCACGAUCGGAUCCAUCCAGCUGCGCGCCGGCCGCCACCCCGAGGCCAUCCAAGCGUUCACGGCCGCUGUCACCAAGGACGAACACCUCGCAGUCGCAUACUUCCAACGGGGCAUUGCCUAUUAUAGCGACCAGAACUACGAGAUGGCGCUGGAAGAUUUUGACGAGGCCUUCCGACGGUUGCGAGGGAACGAUCGCAUCGACUACACGCAGCUCGGAAUGGCCCACAAACUGUACAUGUGCGAGGUUUUGUUCAAUCGAGGCCUGGCCCUCGCAGGUCUGAACGAUAUGCAGUACGCUCAAGAGGACGUGGCGUCGGCUGCAGAGUGGAAGCGAGAGGUCAAGCACCAACGCAUUGAGGAGGUUGCCGCCGCGUUUGCUAGCGGCGCGUUUAGUUUGGCAAGCACGCCGCUGUACACCUUGGACUCGGAGUGCAUCUUUCGGCCUCCAAAGGACAAGAUCGCCUCGGCUGGCACCGUGUUUAAGGCCCAGAAGGCCAAGGUCGUCGCCGCAGUGCGACAAGGCGACAAUUACUCUGGGUUUUCCGGUCGGCAGCUUCUCGAGAGCGCUGCUUCCGGCAACGUCGAUGCCGCGCGUCAGCUGCUGGCCAAAGGUUCGGCAUCCCUGCCGUCGUACGAGCUUGCAGAGCCCGAGUACGACGAGUUUGCCGAGGACGAUCCCCCGCCAGUGGCUGCGCCUCCAACGACCCGCGCUCCACCGCCCGCGCGAAGCGUCCCGCGUUCGGCUCCGCCAGCCAAGGCUGUGCCCGCUGCGAGCCAAGCUCGACCAGCACAGCAGCCAUCGCGCCCCGCUGCUCCUGCGGUGACUCGCCCGCCUGCCGUUGCUGCAGCUGCUGCACCGACGUAUCAAUCUCCCCAGCAGCAGUACCAGGCACAGCAGCAGCAACAGCAGCAGCAACAGCAGCACUAUGCUGCUCAGCAAGCGGCCAUUCUGGCCAAAUCAACCGUCCCUGCCGCUGCCAACAAUGCGAAAUUGUCCCAGUACACCAAGCCCAACCCUGCUGCCAGUCUACCUCGCAUGGCGCAGAUGCAAGCGUCACGGCCAGCCCCGGCUCCUGCGGCUGCUCCGGCUGCAUCGCGGCCAGGACCUUCUGCUGCACGUCCAGGUGCGGGCGCCGCACGUCCUGCUGCCGCCGCGGGCGGGGAUGCGUACGCCCAACCCUUCCAAACACCAACCACGUACGCCGCCAAUCCAUCGCGACCAGCCGCAAAUCCAUCGCGACCAGCCGCAGCUCCAGGUCGACCUGCUGCUGCUCCUAUGGGUGCUGGCGCCGGUGCUCCCCGUGUGAGUGCGAUGGCCAGCAAGUUUGGCACCCCAGCUCCCGCCGCCGCAGCAGCAGCCCCUUCCAACGCCGGCUUUGCCAAUCUGCGAAAGACCGGCAAUGCCUUUGGUGGUGGCGUUGGUGGUGGCGUUGGUGGUGGUGCAGCUCCUCCGCCUGCUGCCGCCACAGUUCAAAAGCUCAAAAUCAAAUGCCAUUACAAGGACACGCGCGUCAUUGUGCUUUCGCAGGAUGCCUCGUACAACGAGCUAUGCGACAUGAUCCAAUCCAAGUUCAACAUCAGCGGGCUGGCGUUGCAGUACAAGGAUGACGAAGGCGACAUGGUCUUGCUCAGCGACCAAACUGAUCUCGAUGUUGCACGCGAAUCGCUGGGCGAGCGUAUGCAACUGUGGUGCGUGGAGCCAAAGUAGCCUGGGUCUUUUGAUUCGGUUUCGACAAGGUUGCUUGUUUUCCAUGCGUGU